AUGGCGAGCGUGCUGUCUAGGCGCUUGGGGAAGCGCUCCCUGCUAGGCACCCGCAUCUCUGCCCCCGGCGCCUUGGCCGACGGGGUGCUGGUAGCCACCCAGAUCCCCGGCUUGCCGACUGACCUGGGCCGUGCGUCUGCCCAUGCAGUGCCACGAGAGGAUGGAUCCUGUGUGCCGUCGGUGGAGGAGAGCAGCCAGGCACCCCGGUUCCACAGCCCUGGCUGCCAGCAGCUCUGCACUGGGCAGCAAGUCCUCGUCACCUACAAUGGGCAGGAGUGUGCUGGCCUCGUGGAGCAGCACAACCCACUGAGCGACAGGAUGAAGGUGCUGCUGCCAGAGCAGGGCUUGCAGGCGUGCUGGAGAGUGCAGGACAUCCCUUCCGAGGCACUGCAGAGAUCCGUAUCCAGCAACAUCGAUGUACCCAAGAGGAAAGCUGAUGCCGCAGUAGAGAUGGAUGAGAUGGUGGCAGCCAUGGUGCUGACGAGCCUCUCCUGCAGCCCCGUGGUGCAGAGCCCUCCCAGCGGUGAAAGUGGCAUCCCCCCCUCACGGGUAGCAUGUGAUCCCUGGAAGGAGAGCGGCGACGUUUCAGACAGCGGCAGCAGCACCACCAGCGGGCACUGGAGCGGGGGCAGCGACAUCUCCACCCCUUCGCCCCCCCACCCCGCGGGCAGCCCCAAGUACUCCAGGGAGGCCCUCAGCUCCCCCCACGCAGACGAUGGCUUCGAGACUGACUCCGACCCCUUUCUCCUUGAUGAGCCCGCUCCGCGAAAGAGGAAGAACUCGGUGAAAGUGAUGUACAAGUGCCUGUGGCCAAGCUGCGGCAAGGUCCUGCGCUCCAUCGUCGGCAUCAAGCGGCACGUCAAGACCCAGCACCUCGGGGACGGCGCAGACUCUGACCAGCGGAAGCGGGAGGAGGAUUUCUACUACACCGAAGUGCAGGUGAAGGAAGAGCCGGCGCCGGAGGCGGCCACUGCCGCCCCCAGCCCCACGUCCGCGUCCGCCCCCAUCAUCAUUCAGCAAGCCCUGGCGAAGCCGGAGGCACUGCUGGUGGAGCAGCCAGCACUGGAGCCCGCCCUAGCCAGCAGCGCCCUGAGCCAGUCUGCCCCCAGCUCCUUCUGGCACAUCCAGGCUGAUCAUGCCUACCAGGCAUUGCCCUCAAUCCAAAUUCCAGUGUCCCCCCACAUCUUCACCAGCAUCAGCUGGGCCACUGCCACAUCGACUCUCCCAUCCCUGUCACCGGUGCGGAGCCGGUCGCUCAGCUUCAGCGAACCCCAGCCACCGACGCCAAUGCUCAAGUCCCACCUGAUCGUUGCCUCGCCACCCAGGGUGUCCAUCGGCACCAGGAAAGUCCGUGGUGAAGCCAAAAAGUGCCGUAAGGUGUACGGCAUCGAGCACCGGGACCAGUGGUGCACGGCCUGCCGGUGGAAAAAAGCCUGUCAGCGCUUCCUGGACUGA